UUUUAUUCUGACCCAAAAAAACAAAAAAAAAAAAAAAACCAAGAUAACCUCUACACGACUACACUGUUGCCUUGAGAGAGAAGAAAUACACAAAGUGGAAACUGUUAAGCUUCCCACUCUGCCUCACCUCGACGGCGUCGUUCUUCUUUAACAGGGUCGGGAACUUGGAUCAAGUUGAGACAUGGAAGAUGUCCUAACUGACAUUCCCCCACCUUCAAGGUUCUUUCAGGAAGAUCUCAACAACUUUACUCCUCCAUCACCACCUCUUCCAUCUCCAUUCCUCGUUUUUUCUAAUCCUAAACCUGAUGAACCUCUUCGUCCCUCUCUCCUCAUCAUCGCCAUAUCUUCCCCAUCUCUCUAUGUCUUCCACCAUCUAUCUUCUAAAUCCCUAAUUGGAAGUCUCAUCCUACCUGAGAUCUCUUUCUCUGGAAACUCUAUUGAACCCUCUCUUGGAGAUAAAUCCUGCAACAUCUACAGCCUCAAUGUUGGUGAUGAUUCAAUUAUCCUCAUCUCUGUUCCGUGCUCCAUUGCGGCGGAGAGAUCUCACAUUGUUGCAAAGUUGCUGAUUGCUGAUAAAGUUAUUCCUAAGAGGGUUCUGAUAUUGGAUUCAGUACAGAGUCAAAAUUUUCGAGGUAAGCUGUCACCGGAUGAGGCAUUUGCUUUCAAGCUGGAGACGUCAUCAGCAAGAAAUGGGUUGGGUGAGGAUAAUGGAGGUUCAUCAUUGUUAAGGGGUAUAGACUAUUUUCCGUCAGGAAGUGUUAUAGAUGGGUUGGCUGCUGCUUUGCUAGGUCGAUGCCAGGUGAAGAAUAUCAAGGGAACUCUGUGUGUUUCUUGGCCUGAAUUUGGUGGGGCUGUGGUGUCCCUGGUUAAAUCUAUACUACACAGGAGUGUUUUGCCGGGCUUGGACUUGAAAAUGAGUGGUGAUGGUAAGGAUGAAUGUUUAAGAUUCAGCUGGACCAAGGGUCAUCCUUUUGAUUCCGAGUUGUAUACCUGAUGAACUAGGUUUCAGAUACCUUUUUGUUCUCUUUUUAUAUGUUUGCUUUCUUUCUUUUGUCAUUUUUCAUCGACUAUUAUUCCUUGUUAAUGCUGUUAUUAAGAUUGAGGUGAUUGAUAGAAGACCUUGAUUUUUUUUGCCUUUAUGAUCGUCCCAAGCUGUAAUAUUCACGCAAUCUUUUCAGAAUGUUUGGUAUGUCUUGAAGAUAUUACAACUUUAUUUAUUUA